GGAGCAGUGAUUUGAUCCGCUGGUCAUCUGACCUGAAAUGACCGCGUAGGGCUGCAGUAACAUUAAAAUUCCAUGCGGCUCUAGAUAAAUCGAUCGUGUUUACUCUGGAGCGAAAUGGAAUUCGACAAUUUUAGACGCGCGUCAUCUGCUGGCUACAGGCUACCAGAGCGAACGAAAGCUCCCAGGCCAAUAACAAAGCUACCAUCUUCAGGCAAAAGUCUGCCGAAGGUAAGAAACGCGACCACGACGCCUACGCGAGACGCAGACGCGAGUGAUCCAGUCAAACAAGACCAAGCGUGGAAAGAAAUGGUGUGGAGUGAAAGGAGAGCAGUGAGGGAAUGGGACAGGAAUUGGAGUUUCCUGCAAAAUUAUGAUCAGUUGGGAGAGCUGAAGCCAGAUGAACCUUCACCUGGCAAUUCAUCGCCCCUUUCAGGUUGUUCCCCCAACACCACAAACCAAAUAUUUGGAAGCCGAUUGUCGACGCCACUGGGACGUGAACUAAUUAGACUAGACAAGCUUUUAUCUCGGUCUAGGAACUAUAACAAAUGCAAACAGGAUCCAGAGAUGAUGUCAUAGAAUAAGUU